GCAGGAAGCGACAUCCCUAGUUACAACUAAUGAAACAAAAAAAAGAUUCCCGUCGACGCUGUAGUAGAUUUGCUCGUAGCUCAUUUUUUGGCACGCUUUCUUCAUGUGAGUUCUUGCAUUUGCUCUUUACGUGAGAGAGGAAGAAAGAAGGGUAGAGAGCUAGUGCUGGGUUUGUGAGGGUUGGGUAAUUACUAUUAUCGCUGCUUGUUUCCACCUCCUUGUCCUGGCGAAAGCGCGAGCGCUAAAAUGGAGGCGGAAAGAUCCGGCGGAGUAGCAGGGGGAACAAACCAGAACUCUGGAGGCAGCGGUGUGGGGCGCAACCCGAACGGACCGAAAUCAGUACUCGGGCAGGGGACAACAGAAGCGGCCGCCGCGGCAGCAACAGCCGGGGCGAUGGCUGGUUCGUCGCAGCCUCGGGAACCGCAAGACGGCGACGCAGGCCUAUCGCUUCCUGGGAUCUUGCACUUUAUCCAGUUCGAAUGGGGACGCUUCCAGGCCGAGAAAUAUCGUUGGGAAGCCGAGAGAGACGAACUCAGGGUAAUUAUAAUGUUCUUAUCUAGCUAUAGCUAUGUAGGCUAUUUAUUACUAGCUAACUAUGAUUUAGAAAAAAGCUAGCCUAGCAUUGCCAUUAUCCAUAUCCCACAGAAGUCACGACCGCUCCUCAUAGCUUCCCUAAUCGGACAGAAUACUGUCCACAUAAUCACGAAUCUAUUCACCCUGUGCUCCUGGAUAUUAGCUAGAAUAACUUCAAACAAUGUUACUAUAUUUGCUUCAGUUCAAAACCUUUGAUGUGGCUUAGACGCACGCGCUAUUCUGUGAUCAAAGCAAACCCAAUAUUUGGGGAUUCCAAAAAUGAUGUCACCAUUCUUGACUAGUCCAAAACACUGGAUUGUGAAUUCAGUUAAUGUCUUGCAUCAAUCACAGGACUUUCAAUUGUCCGUGUGUGUUAUUUGCAGUGUUACAUUGAGGCGCAGUCACUGUCAGAGCCACCUCCUGAUCCCAACGCAGCCAGACAUAUAUUCGGCAUUGUCUACUUAUAGCGGAUUACACAGGUGGAGGUGUCAAUAAACUAUGUCGAGCUGCUCCAACGGCAAUUAACACUGUUAGAAUUAACGCCAGACGGUUGGCCUCCGCUGCUCUCACCCCUUCAUGGUUUCUAUUUUUCUCUGUGCGAGAUUACGGUGGGUCACGUGACUCACUGUCAAUUACAACAGGGAUUCAGGAAUGCGUUUGUAAAUCCCGAGGCACUCACAAACACACACAAAAAAGGCAGAUGACGUAAUGCGGUCCCUGCCGCCGUUUACACACGUUAACAUUUUCACUCAUGCCUGCCUAGGGAGUGCAAAGCGUGCUUUUUCAUUGCUUUCCCCAUAUGUGGCCUCUCCUGUCAGCACGUUUGCUUAUAAGCAUGCUGAAUGAACAUGAGCUGAUGAAAUAGGAGUUGCUUGAUUAUUUACAGUAGCCUAAAGGCCUGUGUAGAAAAACAAUACCAUUCCACUGCUGUCAGUGUAUUUCACUAGCCCUCUCACUCUACCCUAUAGGCUAUAGCCUAGUUAUAAAUAGGAACUUUAUAUAAUAUGGAUGAACCAUAACACACUGGUCGUACUGAUCUUAUAGCAGUGUGGGGAUGGAAGUCAGAGGUGUGUCACCACCACCACUAGAGUCUCUUACUGGGAAGGAAUACUGUGCAUGGUGAACGUGAGUGUGGUCUGGUUUUCACAGGCCCAAUUAGCGGCAGAACCUGGGCCGGGAGAGAGAGAGAGAGGAGCGGUUGAGUGCCCUGUUCAAACAGUAGCCCAGCAGCUACCCCAGUGGCUGCUAAACUAGGGAAAGUCCAGUGGCACACACACACACAGAAGGCAAUGCCUGGUGUGUUUUCUCUGCCAACCCUCUUGAGCCUACAAUGUGCCAGUAGGCAUGCUCUGGGACCAUGUGGACAUGGCACACACGUGUAUAUUGUAACUCACAUGUGCUCUCUCUUCUCCCACAAACACAUGUAUGUAUGUAGGCCUACAUAGCCUCAAUGCACAUACACACAGAACACACAACACUAUACAGAAUAUAGCCUACGGUUGCCUCUGGGCUGCUGCUGUCUCAAACCAAAAGUUGUCGAUUGAUGACUGCCCGGUGUGUGGAAAACAUUAUUGGCCUUCCCUCCCAUGUGACUGUGGACGUGUGUGUAUGUGACAUUGACAGUGUGUGUAUGGUGUGCCAGUGGUAUUUUUUUAGGGCUGAAUCAGGUCGUUAAACGGGAACACUUGUGGCGCUCUGUCUCCUGUGACAGCCAGGCAGGCUGUGGCGGGCCAGGCCGAGCAGUUGGCUGGGCCAGGUGUAACCUAACGUAGCAGCCGUUUCUUUCUGGUCCUGACGAGAUAUACUUUUUUUUUAGAGGGAGGUUCUCUUCUGCACUGUUCAACCAAUCAAGUGGAGUGUCGCCUUGUUAACGUCCAAAAGUGGAAGUCGCAUCACAGGCUCUCUUUCCAUUUCCCCUGAAAACUGGAUGCGUCCGGUUGUUUACGACCCCGUGGAGGGUGGGCCAGGUGUGACGUUCCCAGAGCAGAGCCACAGGGCCAUGUGAUUACAACCAGCAGGCCAGGCCAGGUGACAGACAGACAGACAGACAGGUGGCAGUGCAGAGGGCACUGCUCUGGGACCUGUUAGUCAUCACUGAUCUCAUAUGACUGGGGAUAGGCCAAAGCUCUGUAGCAGCACCCCUUGCUUAAGCCUAUCCAGUCAGGUAAGAUCAGUGAUUCCUUCAAGAAAGAGAGGAUGAGGGAUACUACUAUAAAACCUGCAGGCCCCUCAGCUCUGUUAGGCUAUAUCUGUCCUGUAGAUGGGGUCCAAAUCAAGCAGUCAUUUCUCUACUGAAUAUCUGAAUAUACUCCUAGUCUGUAGAGAAAAGAGUGUGUCUGCUCUUGUCCUACUUACUUCAUUAUGCUAAUACAGUUGGUGCUGAUCAAGGACCUACAACACUCCUAGUUGGCUAAUAAAUGUCUGAUUAGAUUUAAACUUUGCGAUCACAGUUGCUACUUGCCAUAAAUAGAAGGACAGAGCGCUUUGUAGCCAUUGACACUCAAGAUCAGUGGCACUCCGACUAGUGGUGACCCAGAUGGCAUCACUUCCUGCUGGAGCAUGUUAAGUGGGGCCCGUCGUGCCCUUCUAUCAGCUCUAAUAAAAAGCCCAGUGCUCUCAUGCAUGACACACAUAUGUACAGUACUUUGCUUCGCUCGCCCACACACACUUCUGGGCUCUUACUGUACGUUCCCUCACUGACACUAUCUCUCCCACUCCAAUUGACCUCUCUUUCUCACACUCAUACGCACGUAAAGACACACGCACACAAGCUGACUUUUUGCAGAACUUAAGCGCUCUCGCACACUCACUUACGCACGCUACACGCACACACACACACAACACACACACACCAUUUCCCUGUCCCAGAAAAGUCGUCUGCUCUACUUGUUGGCUGAUGGGUCUCAGAGGGAUGGAGGAUGGCAGAGAGGUGAUGGAGAGGGAGAGCUCCCCUUUGACCCUGUUCAGUGGCAGGUGGGUGGGACUGACUGAGGAAAUGUGUCAGUCAGAACUCCUCACAAGGCCAACUUCUGAGAUGGCCAUACAGGGAGCAUAUAGGGAGUGCUGUAAUGCUUUUACUUAGAAAAGUAAUUCUUUAGCCUAUAUUUGUGCUAAGAAUGUUGUUGGUGUAUGUGCUAAUGUUCAACAUGCAUGUUUAUAACAGAGUUGAUGCCCUUAAAUUACAGUUCACAGCUGUUUAUUUUGGUUCAAGUUUCAACUUAAUUUGUCCCAGAGGGCAAUUAGUUUUACAGCAAGGAGCACAUGAGAUGUACAUACAAUGCUACUUGGCAGCCAUCAAUAUAACAAUGCUAAUGAUCAACUUUAGCAACAGCAGUAGUAUAAAGUAAGGCCUACAUAGAAGGUAAGUAAAGUGCGCUGUGCACAUUCUGAAAAACAUCACGUCAACAUCAUCAAAAUACAGUAUGCUGAUAAAAAAUACUGAAUACAUUUCCAUCAUCAUCCCAUGUAAUGACAACCAAGAGGGAGACAAUAAAAAGAGUUAGGACAGACUAACCUAUCUCCUCCUCCUUCCCUGUAUUCAAAAGGCCAAUGGCCAAAGGGGUAAAUGGUAAAGGAGUGCUUGUACCUGUUUUAGUCUUAACAGUGGGGAAUCUACACCAGGAGCCAGAGGGUAGGACAUGGAACUCCUGGUGUAGGGGGUGGGCACAGUCCGACGGGAUGGAUUCUGCCUUUCUCUCAAAUGAUCUGUUGUACAGGUCAGACAUGCUACUCUGCUGGACUUCCGUGAUCUUACUGACCACUUUCACUAUUCUAGCUAGUGCAUUUUAUGCUUUGAUACCAUACCAACAGAUCAAAGGAAAUGGUUGGAAAGACUCAAUGUACGCUUUAUAAAAGAGAGUCUUCAAGGUCCUGUCGACCUGGAACUUUGCCGGUUUGCUGACUCAAAAAAUAUGUUGCUGGCCCUUCUUACACAACAUGUCAGUGUUACACUCAAAGCUCAAUUUAUCAUCAAUCAUGGUCCCAAGAUACUUAUAAUUGGCUACAAUGUCUACCACCUGGCCCUUAAGGAUAGUGUUAUGAGGGGUAGGGGGUUGACACCUGAAGUCAAUACACAUAUCUUUGGUUUUUGUCACAUUCAGUUGUAAGAAAGCAGUGUGGCACCAGUGUACAACAUCCUUAACAACAGGACCAUGGCUAGUUUCAUCGGCAUGAAGCAGACUGACUAUUACUGAGUCAUCCGCCAAGUUUAGGAUGUGUUGGUUCUCGUACUGGCUACGACAUCAGUGUACAGGAAAUAGAGUGGCGAGAACACACCCCUGGGAUGACGGCCCCGUGUAGCUCAGUUGGUAGAGCAUGGCGUUUGCAACGGCAGGGUUGUGGGUUCGUUUCCCACGGGGGGCAAGUAUGAAAAAUGUUUGCACUCACUAACUGUAAGUCGCUCUGGAUAAGAGCGUCUGCUAAAUGAAUAAAAUGUAAAUGUAAAAAUGGAUGAGCCUGUGGAUGAUGACCGCUUCCCUGACAGGCACCCAUUCACCCUCACCCUCUGGGUUCUGUUAGUAAGAAAGUCAAGGAUCCAGUCCCACUACAUUAGAGUCUACACCAAAAUUAUGAGUGAGUUUGUUCAUAGAUCCUAUGAGAUACACUACAUGACCAAAAGUAUGUGGACACCUGCUCGUCGACCAUCUCAUUCCAAAAUCAUGGGCAUUACAAUGGAGUUGGACCCCCCUUCGCUGCUAUAACAGCCUCCAAUCUUCUGGGAAGGCUUUCCACUAGAUGUUGGAACAUUGCUGCGGGGACUUCCUUCCAUUCAGCCACAAGAGCAUUAGUGAGAUCGGCACUGAUGUUGGGCGAUAAUUAGGCCUGGCUCGCAGUCGGCGUUCCAAUUCAUCCCCAAAGGUGUUUGAUGGAGUUGAGGUCAGGGCUCUGUGCAGACCAGUCAAGUUCUUCCACACCGAUCUCAACAAACCUUUUCUGUAUGGACCUCGCUGCCAGAUGGUGAAGCGUGAUUCAUCACACCAGAGAACGCGUUUCCACUGCUCCAGAGUCCAAUGGCUGCGAGCUUUACAUCACUCCAGCCGACGCUUGGGAUUGCGCAUGGUGAUCUUAGGCUUGUGUGCGGCUGCUCGGCCAUGGAACCCAUUUCAUGACGCUCCCGACAAACAGUUAUUGUGCUGACGUUGCUUCCAGAGGCAGUUUGGAACUCGGUAGUGAGUGUUGCAACCGAGGACAGACUAUUCUUUACGCGCUACGUGCUUCAGCACUCGGCGGUCCCGUUCUGUGAGCUCGUGUGGCCUACCACUUCGUGGCUGAGCCGUUGUUGCUCCAAGACGUUUCCACUUCACAAUAACAGCACUUACAGUUGACCGGGGCAGCUCUAGCAGGGCAGACAUUUGAAGAACUGACUUGUUGGAAAGGUGCCAUCCUAUGACUGUGCCACGUUGAAAGUCACUGAGCUCUUCAGUAAGGCCAUUCUACUGCCAUUGUUUGUCUAUAGAGAUUGCAUGGCUGUGCUCGAUUCUAUACACCUGUCAGCCGUGGGAGUGGCUGAAAUAGCCGAAUCCACUAAUAUGAAGGGGUGUCCACAUACUUUUGUGUAUAUAUAUAUAGUGUAUAUGCUUGAACAUUUCAUGAUGUGUAGUUGAUCACAGGUCACUGAUCUGUAGGGAAGCCCUCUCAGUGAACUAAAUCACCUACAGUAGACUCAUUUACUCCUUCUCUGACCUCUACUGGCCACACUUCCAAACUUCCUUCCUCCCUCCCAUGAGGUCAUUGCUGAUCUGUAUGCGAUUGGAUGGCCUUUGUGAAGUUCAAUUCCCACCUUAUUUCUGUCUGCAGUCCAGCUCUUCCAGGAAGUAAGGAAGGAAGGAAAGGUGCAUGUCUGAAGUGUUCAAACGGGGCCCUGGAUUGGACAAAGUCCUGUUGUUCAGACAGGGAGUGGACGUGAUGUUCAUGGAUCAUCAUGUACUCUGACAUGGACAGAUGACAUGCUCCUCCUGUGUGUACACUGUGGCACAGCACAGCACACACACACACAGGCACACACACACACACGGCAAAUAAAGCCAUGUCAGAUGUCAGAUUGCAGUGCGCCAGUGGAAACAGAAGCCAGUGGGAAUAUAUAUUUUCAGGAACAAUGGGAGAGAUGACUGAUGCUUAUCUGGGAUGGGAGGGACACUCCAAAGAAGUGUGUGUGUGCGUGUGUAAAGAGAACUUAUGUGUAAAAAGAGUUAGAAAAAUAAUUAGAAUGACAGGUCGCAGCUCGUCCCUCUGUCAGGGAAGUAACAGAACCCUGUGAGAACCCCACCCACUUAACGACGAGGUAGAUCCAUUCCACAACGCCCCCUCUCUGUCUCCCAGGGCUCUGCUCUCCUGGCUGCACCCAGCACAGUGCAUCUACUAGUAGCUUCCUUCACUACCUGGCUUGGCUGCUCCGCUGCCACCUUAGACAGAAACAGCCCUGAGCAUGGUGCGCUUCAGGUCUAUUUUAGUACCUGGAGUCUGUAGGCAUGACUGUAGCUGCUGCUAAACCAGAUAGACAGUUCUAGCUGAAACACAGAGGAGAUGCUGUGUUCUCAAAAUAGCCAGUUUAACAGAUAAAGCGUGUCCCAGUAAUCAAAGUGAUGCGCCAUCAGCAGAGGUCGUUUUUGAAGUAGCACAUUGACAUUUAUUUUGUUUUCAUGAGUACGGUUUGUGUGUCCCAGCUGUAUGAUCUUGCUGGCGUCGUGCAGACCUGAUGAGAUGGCAUUUUUAGACGGAUAUACUUUUCUGGGGCUCUGUGUGUUAGCGAGUGUGUGUUUUGCUGUCUCGGAAGAGCAAUUGGACUACGCACUCACGCAACACACACACACAUGCACUCCUCACGAUUGUUUCCCCUCCAGAUGUCUGGGUAGGGUUUGCUGGUCAGGAGAAGUUCUAAAUACAGAACGCAGCUCCCUCCACAACCCACUACUUAGCAUGGGACUUGUAAGGAACGUCGGUUGCGAAACCAAACAAACAAAACAGUAUUUCUGCACUGUACAUUGUAUUUGUUUAGUGGGUCCAAACAAAUUUCACUCAAAAUAACUGUGAAAUGGUAUACUCAAUUCAGUUGUGAUGAUUGGUAUUUUAACAGAUAAAGUUGUGUGUGCAUAUCCUUGACAUGUGCGUGUGUGUGUGUGUGUGUGCGCAGGCUCAGGUGACCUUCCUGCAGGGUGAGAGGAAGGGGCAGGAGAACAUGAAGCAGGACCUGGUCAGGCGGAUCAAGAUGUUGGAGUACGCCCUUAAACAGGAGAGGUCAGACGCGUGCACACACCACACACACACACACACACACACCACACACACCACACACACACACACCACACAUACAGUGUAGGGCUUGGGUAACACUGCCAUCUUGUGGUUCUUUCUCUCUCUCUGCAGGACCAAACACCAGAAGCUGAAGACAGGCAGUGACCAGAGCCCAGGGGAGAAGAAACCAGAAACCGAGGCAGAACAAGGUAUGCAGGCUCUAUGUAGCCUCUAUGUAUGCUCUAGGCCAGAGGUGUCACACUCAUUUUGCUCCGGGGGCCGCAUUCUGUCUGGUUAUAUUUCCUUGCCGUCAAGAUUAACAAAAAAUAGUCCUCUAGCCAUAGUUUUUGAGGCUCCCUGACUUUCUAGCUUUCAUUUCGGUGAUUAUUAGCGAGCUAGACACAGUCAAGAAACUGUAUGAAUGUAGGUCCAUUAUCAUUUCUACACUCGGUUUCAGUCAUUUAAAAGUAUAUUGGGUUUGUUCCUCCAUACCCCACAAAAAAUAUAUAAGAAAACACACAGUAUAAAAAGUAUAAAAAGAUAUGUAUUCACUAACUGUAAGUCGCUCUGGAUAAGAGCGUCUGCUAAAUGACGUAAAUGUAAAUGUAAAAAACAACUCAAACCACCCGCGGGCCGGAUUGGACCCUCUCAGAUCCGGCACACGGCCGUAUGUUUGACAGCCCUGCUCUAGACAUGUAAAACUGUCACGGCAUCCCUCUUAUGUCAGCUCGCUAUAUUUGAUACCAGACUUGGGUUUUUCACUGUGGAGAAUGUCUGGAUGGUCUAAUGAUUGCAUCAGUGAUUGAUUCUAUGUAGCCUAGAUCUAAUCUAAUGUAUUCUAAAGCAGAACGAGUAACUUCCCCAUGCUUCUGUUUCCACAUCUGUCCCAUUUAACUGUGUGUGUGUGUGUGUGUGUGGGGCUGAUGCACAGAGCUUUGAGGGUUGCUCCAGUGCUUGCUUCUGUUACAUCAGAGCUUCCUCCUCUGAUUGACUCUUCCUCUACCCCGCAGUGCCCAAUGGGCCAGCAGAGUCUGAAUCUGAGCAAGCCAAUCAGAUGUCCUGGAAGGAGGGCCGUCAGCUACUGCGCAAGUAAGGCUUCCUCCCCAUAGCAAGAGCAGCACUGUCCUCUUUUAAUAAACUGUUGAGUCUGAAUGAAGAGGCUAAUUGUGUGUGUGUGUGGCCAUGGUUUGCGUGUGUGUGUGUGUCUGUGUCUGUGUUCGGGGUGUGUGUGUGUAGGUACCUGGAGGAGGUGGGCUACUCGGACACCAUCCUGGACAUGCGUUCAAAGCGUGUGCGCUCACUGCUGGGUCAUACCAGCCCCGAGGCUAACGGUGCCCCGGCCAGCAGCGAGCAGCAGCCCACCCCAGACCCCGAGCCCCUGGCAGGGGGGGAGUCACUCCUCAUCAGACAGAUAGAAGAGCAGAUCAAGAGGUGAGACCCCCAUACACACACCCCUGUCCUCGGUGUAGGGUGCUGUGGACAGUGAUGAAUCAAAGCUUGUCUCCACAGUAGUCGCUGUGAAGUUGAUCAGUAGUAUGUCUGUGGUGGUGUAUUGCAUAUUUUUGUCAUAUUUUUAUAACUGUCAGUAAUGUACUGUCAGUAUUGUUGUAGGUUGCCUCGGAUGUGUGUAUGUGUGUGUCGCCUCUGAUGUGUGUGUGUCAGUAGGAACGCGGCGGGGAAGGAUGGUUCUAAGGAGCGUCUGGGCGGCUCGGUGCUGGAUAAGAUCCCCUUCCUACAUGGCUGUGAGGAUGAUGAUGAGGAUGACAGUGAUGAGGAAGAUGACUUCCAGGGCACGGACUGUAUAGACGGGCAGCGCAACAAGAACAAGAAGCCCCGCGUUAAGGUUCGAGCACGUCAACACAGCAAAGUGUUUGUGUGUUAGAUUAUUCCCCCCCCCUGUGUGUGUGUGUGUGUGUGUAUUAAAGCCCUUCUCUCUCUGUGUGUGUAGAUAGGGACUGAGCCCAUGACCACAGACCUGGACCCUGAUGAUGAGGAGGAUGAAGACGACUCUGAGGAUGCCCUGAGCGAGUUUGACUUCCUGGGAUCAGGGGAGGAGGGGGAGGGGGCGGGAGAGGCCCGUAUCUCAGGGGACGGCCGGGAGUUAGGUACGCCAUCAUCAUAGCAACCGCCUCAACCACACCUGUCUGUCUCUCCGUCUGUCUAGCUUUUUGUCUGUCUUCUCUUUCUGUCUGUCUGUCUGUCCUUCUCUCCCUUCAUCCCUAUCCGUCUCUCUCUUUCUAGGGAGUUAUAUGUUCUGUACUCUCACCUCUACUGCCAAUAAACCAUUGCAAUAGUGAACCAUUGUCUGUGUCUCACUAUCACAUUUGUUGUUUGGAUGUGUGCCUUUGUCAUCCACGUGUGUCUCUCUAUCUGGAGCAAUGUGUUCUGUUAGCAUAAAGCAUGCUGUUUGGUGUCUGUCUACUUUAUCUCUUUAUCCACCUCCUGUCUCUCGGUCCGUGUCUCUUCGUUUGUUUGUGGGUUUGUCUCUUUCUACUUCUCUGUUCGCUCAUCGUCUCUCCUUCUGUAUGCAUGGCCAUGUGUUCUCUCUCUUUCUGUUCGUCUCUUUUCCUUCUGUCUCUCUUUCUCUUGCUCUCUCCUUUCUUUAUUGCCCUCCCUCCCUCCCUCCCUCCCUCCCUCCCUCCCUCCCUCCCUCCCUCCCUCCCUCCCUCCCUCUGCAUGACUGUGUGUGUUUGUCUCUCUCCUCUGGCUUGGUUCAGAGAACCGCAGGAACAAGUUCCAGGGCAUGAUGUCGGACUUCCCCCCCAAACCCUCCCCGCCCCCCUCUGUUUCGGGACAGUCUCGCUCCGGGGAAGGUAAGCCAACACCCGCCCCCAAAACUCUCCCCCUCUCCCUGUCUGGCUGUGCCAAAUGUUCAACAAUGUUCUGUAUUGUGUCAUGUUCAUGUUUUGCGUGGACCCCAGGAAGAGUAGAUGCUGCUUUCGCAACAGCUAAUGGGGAUCCUGAUAAAAAAUAAAUAAAUACCAAAGUAGCUCAAUUGCUUCUCUCUCUCUCAUCUGAAGGGAUACUGCUCUGAAGAGGUCAUUGUUUUAGUAUUAGAAAAGGGGAAGGGAUAUGUUUUUGAUAAGAUUGUGGGUUAAUGUGGUAGUGGGUUUAGGAUUGAGAGCUGUUCUUCCUCCGCUCCUUAAGGUGGCGCUCUGGGUUUUUCCUCUGACGUCUUCAUCCUGGACGCCGUCGGGGGUGGAGACAUGAACCUGGGAGAGCUGGCUGACCUCACCGUCGCCAAUGACAAUGACCUCACCGUGGAUGUGAGUACUUGAACACACACGUGCACAGACACAUACAACAGAGGAGGGGAUGGUGGGGCUGAGACAAUUGCAGUUUUAAAGCUAAUUUCCUAAAAUCCUAUCAAUUUUGCCAUGGGGCUGAAAGAACAUUUGUAGUUUUAAAGCUGAUUUCCUGCAAUUCUACACACCGCAUAUACAGUACCAGUCAAAAGUUUGGACACAUCUACUCAUUCCAGGGUUUUUCUUUAUUUUUACUAUUUUCUACAUUGUAGAAUAAUAGUGAAGACAUCAAAACUAUGAAAUAACACAUAUGGAAUCAUGUUGUAACCAUAAAAGUGUUAAACAAAUAUAUUUGAGAUUCUUCAAAGUAGCCACCCUUUGCCUUGAUGACAGCUUUGCACACUCUUGGCAUUCUCUCAACCAGCUUCAUGAGGUAGUCACCUGGAAUGCAUUUCAAUUAACAGGUGUGCCUUGUUAAAUGUUAAUUUGUGGAAUUUCUUUCCUUCUUAAUGCGUUUGAGCCAAUCAGUUGUGUUGUGACAAGGUAGGGGUGGUAUACAGAAGAUAGCCCUAUUUGGUAAAAGACCAAGUCUAUAUUAUGGCAAGAACAGCUCAAAUAAGCAAAGAGAAACAACAGUCCAUCAUUACUUUAAAGACAGGAAGGUCAGUCAAUCCGGAAAAUGUCAAUAACUUUUAAAGUUUCUUCAAGUGCAGUUGCAAAAACCAUCAAGCGCUAAGGAAACUGUCUCUCAUGAGGACUGCCACAGGAAAGGAAGACCCAGAGUUACCUCUGCUGGAGAGGAUACGUUCAUUAGAGUUAACUGCACCUUAGAUUGCAGCCCAAAUAAAUGUUUCACAAAGUACAAGUAACAGACACAUCUCAACAUCAACUGUUCAGAGAAGACUGUGUGAAUCAGGCCUUCAUGGUCGAAUUGCUGCAAAUAAAUAAUUUACUAAAGGACACCAAUAAGAAGAAGAGACUUGCUUGGGCCAAGAAACAUGAGCAAUGGACAUUAGACCGGUGGAAAUCUGUCCUUUGGGUUGGAGUCCAAAUUUGAGUUUUUUGGUUCCAACCGCUGUGUCUUUGUGAGACGCGGUGUGGGUGAACGGAUGAUCUCUGCAUGUGUAUUUUUUUUAAAUAAAAUAUAUUUUGAUUUAUUUAACACUUUUUUUUUGGUUACUACAUGAUUCCAUAUGUGUUAUUUCAUAUUUUUGAUGUCUUCACUAUUAUUCUACAAUAUAGAAAAUAGUAAAAAUAAAGAAAAACCCUUGAAUGAGUAGGUGUUCUAAAACAUUUGACCGGUAGUGUGUAUAUAUAUUUUUGGCUGCAACAAUUUAGCAGUGGCGGCCCGCUGCUGCUAAAUUAAUACACUCACCAACACUCUGACACCUGUGUGCGUGUAGCUGCAGGAUAACCGGGAGGAGUUCAAGAAGACGUGGAACCCUCGCUUCACGCUGCGUAGCCAUUUUGAUGCCAUCAGAGCUUUGACGUUCCACCCCAGCCAGGCCGUUCUACUCACAGCCUCCGAGGACGGAACCCUGAAGCUGUGGAACCUCAACAAGGCCAUACAUUCCAAGAAGUAAGAGCCUAAGGAAUAGCAGGAACAUAUCACACGAAUAUCAGGGCCUGUAUUCAAAAAGUGUAUCAUAAAGGGAUCAGGUCCCUCCUGUCCAUGUAAAUCUUAUUCAUUGUUAUUUAAAGGGAAAGACGGAUCCCAGAUCAGCACUCACUCCUACUCUGAGAUGCUUUCUGAAUACAGGCCCAAGAGUGGGAAAGAAACUGAAUGUGGUUUGGUAGUGUGCUAUAACACUGCUGUAAUGUGUAAAUGGAUUUUUGGUCUUUGCCGCCACAGAAAUGCAGCGCUGGACGUUGAGCCCAUCUACACCUUCAGAGCCCACAGGUGAGCAUGCAUGCAUGCAAACACACACAUUUGUUGCAACUAUCACGUGUUUUGGUGUGUUUCUGGGUUAAUAGCUAAUCUUUGUGUAAUUGUACAGUGGUGCAGUUCUGUCUCUGGCCAUGGGUGAGGACGGCGACUCAUGCUACAGCGGGGGUCUGGACGGAACCGUGCGCUGCUGGAAGAUCCCAGAUAUCAACGUGGAUCCCUACGAUAACUACGGUCAGUCCUUGACCCCUGUCGGACCCCUCUGUCUGACCCCUGUCUCCUUUCACCUCUGGUCAACCAGUCAGGACUAGCCAGGUUUAUCCCCAGCUAACAUAUUCAGCUCUGAGUCAGUGGAUUACACAUGAUCAUCUAUUAUCUCCAUGAAAACAGAUUGACUGACAGUGGGCUGUGACGGUCAUGGAAUUUUGGAUGGCGGUUAUUGGUCAGCCAAAUGACCACGGUCACCAUAAUAACUGUAUUCUUUUUUAAGACACACAUUUUGUGCUGCUGCAGGGAGGGGGGCGUUGCCCAGGCCAGGGGUUUUCAAACUUUUCUUGCCCAGGGACCCCCGCCCAGGAAAACCGGUUAGCAAAAAAUAAUGCCUUAUCAUCAGGUGAAUGAUAAUGGCAAGUAAAAGUAAUCAAUUUUAAAAUGAAUAGAUUUGGUGGACAGUUUCCUUAUUUUGACCUCCACACAGUUUGUUGGAAGAGGAAGUGUAAACUCUAACAUACAGUGCAUUCGGAAAGUAUUCAGACCCCUUGACUUUAACCACACUUUGUUAUGUUACAGCCUUGUUCUAAAAUGGAUUAAAAAUUAAAAAGUUCCUCAUCAAUCUACACACAACCCCAUAAUGACAAAGCAAAAACAGAAAUGCCUUAUUUACAUAACUAUUCAGACCCUUUGCUAUGACAUCCCGCUUGGAGUUUGCCAAAAGCCACGUAAAGUGAACUCUCAGACCAUGAGAAACAAGAUUCUCUGGUCUGAUGAAACCAAGAUUGAACUCUUUGGCCUGAAUGCCAAGCAUCACGUCUGGAGGAAACCUGGCACCAUCCCUACGGUGAAGCAUGGGGGUGGCAGCAUCAUGCUGUGGGGAUGUUUUUCAGCGGCAGGGACUGGAAGGACUAGUCAGGAUCAAGGCAAAGAUGAAUGGAGCAAAGUACAGAGAGAUCCUUGAGGAAAACCUCCUCCAGAGCGCUCAGGACCUCAGACUGGGGUGACGGUUCACCUUCCAACAGGAUAACGACCCUAUGCACACAGCCAAGACAAUGCAGGAGUGGCUUCGGGACAAGUCUCUGAAGGUCCUUGAGUGGCCCAGCCAGAGCCCGGACUUGAACCCGAUCUAACAUCUUUGCAGAGACCUGAAAAUAGCUGUGCAGUGAUGCUCCUCAUCCAACCUGGCAGAGCCUGCGUGGGUCUGCAGAGACCCACGCAGGCUCUGGGUAUGAAGCUUGUAGCGUCAUACCCAAGAAGACUCGAGGCUGUAAUCGCUGCCAAAGGUGCUUCAACAAAGUACUUAGUAGAGGGUCUGAAUACUUAUCUAAAUGUGAUAUUUAGUUUUGUAUUUUUAAUAAAUUAGCAUUUUUUUGCAGAUUUGAAGCACAUUUUCAGCAAUUUCCAGUUUGGCGUGGAGCUGAGAGACAAUUUUGCAGUAUUAAAGCACAUUUCCUGCAAUUCUAUGCAUUUUGCCAUGGCUAAUGCUGUGUUCCUCUGCGCAAACGUUAGAACAAAAUCAAUGGGCAUGUGCUCUGAAUGCCCGGUUUUUGGAGUUUUUCAUUAUCCCUGACUGUCUAGCUUUUAUUUUAUUUCUGAAAGAUUGUAUUAUUUAAAAAAAUAUAUAGUUCAAUAUCUUUUCUGCAUGAUUUCUAUUUGGUUGUUUAAGUUGACACAAACUGUUUUCCAUCCCGAAAAUUACCACUUAGACGGCCCGCCUAAAAAUCUUCUAUGCAGAAAAAAAUCCUGUAAUUAGCUCCAAUGACUGUAAUUUCCUCCAUAUUUAAGGGAUAGUUAGAGAUUUUGGCAAUGAAGCCAUUUAUCUCCAUACUUCCCCAGAGUCAGAUGAACAGGAACAGCUAGCAUGCUAACUGUUCCUGUAGACAUCCAGUCAUUGCACUAACGCUAGUUAGCAUUGGCUUGUGAAACUACCACUAACUUCCUUCAUACUGGACGCAGAGACAUCACGAUGGUAUUCUGUUGUAGCUAGCGAUAUUCAUAAAAAAUAUUAUUUUCCACAUAAAAAAUACCCCCCAAAAGAAAAUCACAGACCCCCUAUAGGGGCCGCGGACCCCAGUUUGGAAAUCCCUGGCCUAGUCAACCGUAGACUCGUUAGCUACAACACCUUGCUUGUUUCAGCAAGGAGCAACACAGUUCCAUCACGUUGUAGAAUCCAUUUGUGUGUGUGUGUCUCUUUGUUGUGUAGACCCGGGCAUAGAGAGCAGUGUGUUGUCGGGUCAUGAGGACUCAGUGUGGAGUCUGACGUACUCUGCCACCCACCAUCGCCUGGCCUCCUGCUCUGCAGACGGGACCAUUCGCAUCUGGGACCCCCAGAACUCUACCCCCUGUCUCUCCGUCUUCAACAAGGAGAAAGGUGAGCGUGUGUGUGUGUGUGUGUGUGUAUGUAUAUGUAUGUCUGUUUAUAUCUUAACGCUUUCCUCCCCCCCUCCCUCAGAACACGGAAUGCCCACCUCUGUGGCCUUUGUGAACUCUGACCCCGACCAGGCGGUGGUGUCAUUCGACGGUGGCGAGACGCUGCUCUAUGACCUCAACACAGAGCAGAGCAUCAUGGUCCUGGAGACUGGGACUAAGGACGGUGAGUCCUAGGGCCUGUUCUAACUAUCAGAAUGCUUCCUGUGGCCUGGCUGGUCUAGCGUUAAUGGCGCAGCCUCUGGCACACAUGUGUACGUGUUGGCUAGGGGUGUAAUGGUUCACCAAACCCAUGGUUCGGUACCUAUUGCGGUUUUGGGGUCACAGUUCGAUUCAAUUUCAGUACAGCGGGAAAAUUAAAUGCAAUUCACAAUGUUUAGCAUUCACAAUGUUUCUUGCCAUUGUCUGUUGUGACAGGAUUGUUGUUGGGCCUCUCAAGUUUCCACUCUGAUUUUGCGUUUGUAAUCAUGUAGGAGGUGGGAAUUUACCAGUUGUGAGGUUGUAGAUACCAGUUGGAUGCAUUCAUGUGAUUUGAACUCGUUGAGAAAAGGCGAUUGGCUAAUGGCCAACAAGCUGCGGAAACCAUAAACCAAAAGUACAGCUAUCAUGCUUUUUUAUUUUUAUUUUUAUUUUUUUGUACUCCCUUUUUCUCCCCAAUUUCGUGAUUAUGAUCUUGUCUCAUCGCUGCAACUCCCCAACGGGCUCGGGAGAGGCAAAGGUCGAGGCAUGAGUCCUCUGAAACAUGACCUGCCAAACCGCGCUUCUUAACACCCACUCGCUUAACCCGGAAGCCAGCCGCACCAAUGUGUCACCGUUCAACUGACGACCGAAGUCAGCCUGCAGGCUCCCGGCCCGCCACAAGGAGUCACCAGAGUGCAAUGAGCCAAGUAAAGCCCCCCUGGCCAAUCCCUCCCCUAACCCGGACGACGCUGGUCCAAUUGUGCGCCGCCCUAUGGAACUCCCGGUCACGGCUGGUAACACAGGCUGUAGGGAUCGAACCCCAGGCUGUAGUGACACCGCUACACUGCAAUGUAGUGCCUUAGACCGCUGCGCCACUCGGGAGGCCCAGCUAUCAUGCUUUUAAACAAAUUAUAAAGUAAAGAAAUACAAAAUUAUAGAUUGCUUUUUAUAUAUCUUAUUUUGUUGUUGCAUUUAACUGCCAAAAAUGCUGUUAUAGAGGCCAUUUCCUUAGUAGAUGAUGUCAGAUGUCAACAUGUGGGAGAAGUGGGUGCCUAGAAUGGUAGAUGAGUUUCCCAUAGUAAUUACCAGUUGGAGUGCCAUUCAAGUGGAUUUUUCCAAGUCGUAUGUGGUAAAUUCCCACUUCCCACAUGGUUACGAACGCACCAUGACAUUGCCUCCUUCAGUGCCAGAUACGCACUUGUGACUCUCAUAAAGGGGCGUGUCUGUAGCACUGUACAUCUCCCACUGCAGAGUAAUGCGAUGGGCUGUCACUGUUAAGCAAGCGCAACACAGGGUGCAUUGGCCAAUUCAUUGAAAACGUCAGCUUUGGCUUGCUUAUAUAGAGCGGGUACUAGCAGUUUGCUGAAAUGGGUGCAAGAGGGAAGUUCGUAAUGUCGCUCGAGCACUUUCAUGAGGUGCUAAAACCCCCUAUUCUCAACCACUGAGAACGGGCGCAUAUCCGCGGCUAUAAACCAAAGACUGUAAAAUAUAUAAACAUAGCCUACCUAUCGCUCUUGUAAUUUAUUUGGCCCGGUCAGAAUCAUCUGCCAAGGGGAGACUGUGUUGUGUUGUUUCUUUGCGUUUCUGUUUUGCUGGGGUGAUGUCGGCGUAAACGUGUCAACAUAUUUGAGGUGUUGGCAGCUGCAUAGGCUAUUCUCGUUGCACGUGGCGACAUACUGUUAACUUUUUAUCCACAACUCUCUGUCCAUCGCCGUUGUAAUAUACUGGGAAACCAAAAUGUUCCCAAACUGGAGAUUUAAACAAUGAUGGAGUAUCCUCACAAAAUGACAGUUUUAAAAUGUGCCAAUUAAGAUUUAGAAUUUUGAUUACAAUGUGCAUAUUGGCUCUAGUUGUUAACGGAAUGGCCUAAAUUGUUUUCUUCAGCUCAGAUUUACUCAAGAAGCAUAGGCCUACAAUGCAUCAUCGGCAUAGCCUGUAGGCCUAGUGUUUAAAUGUUGUAUUUUUAUAUUUUUUAUGUAUUCAUUCGGGUUCACAGUACGGACCGAACCGAGGUACCUGUACCGAACGGUUCGGUACAAAAACCUGUACCCUUACACCCCUAGUCGGCAUAGGUUCAAAUCAGGUAUACUGCCCUAGGACGCAACCUCUCUCUAUCUUUCCCCACUGUCAUCCUCUCUCUGUAUAAUAAAAUACCUUAAAAUAUAUAUAUUGAAGAAAUCAAUCCUUCUGUACCUCCCUUCCUUGAGAGGAGCCAGGAGGAUCUCCCUCAAUACUGAUCUGUGUGUGUCUGUGAGCUGAUCUGAGUGGGUCUGUGAGCUGCUCUGACUGCUAAAUGGCAUAUUAUUAUUAUUAUUAUCUGUGUGUCGCCCCCUGCAGGCAGUGAGCUGAUUAACUGUGUGGUCAGCCACCCCUCUGAGCCCAUCUCCAUCACGGCACACGAGAAUCGCACUAUCCGCUAUCUCGACAACAAGACAGGUCAGCCCCUGUCCACUGCUAAAUCCUAUCUUUAUGUAACUACGCCAGAAUUAGGCCUCGUGCUUGAUCUGCUUUAUCUGGGUCGAACUAGCCCAUAGCUCCAUAACUUGCUUUUUCCUUUUAAUUGAAUGCCCAUCUGUGUGUGUGUGUUACCAGGUAAAGUGAUCCACUCCAUGGUGGCACACCUGGAUGCUGUCACCUGUCUGACCACGGACCCCAAAGGCACUUACCUCAUCUCUGGCAGUAAGUACCUUGUCUUGUAUUGGAACUCUAACCCAGUGUUCGUUAAUCCUGGUCCUGGGGACCAAAAGGGCUGUAAUGUUUAGAUUUUUUGCCCUAGCACUACAUACCUGAUUCCACUAAUCAAAGGUUUGAUGAUGAGUCGAUUAGUCGUGGAAUCAUGUGUGUAGUGCUAGGGCAAAAAAAAAAAGUGUGUACCCCUUUGGGUCCCCAGGACCAGGAUUAGGAAACGCUGUUUCUAACCACAACACUGAUUCCCCUGUACUCUAACUGUGCUCUCCGCUUCCCUCUGCAGGCCACGACUGUUCGGUGCGUCUGUGGAUGCUGGAUAACAGGACGUGUGUGCAGGAGAUCACUGCCCACAGGAAGAAGCACGACGAGGCCAUUCACGACGUGGCCUUCCACCCCUCGCAGCCCUUCAUCGCGUCGGCCGGCGCCGACGCACUCGCCAAGAUCUUCGUCUGAGAGGAGGCACAGACAGGGAUUCACCAUCAUCCUCACUGGUGAGACACUAGGGUACAGAGAGAGUGUGUGUGUGUGCUUUAUCUUACAAUCUGUUUGAGUUUCUUUUCUUUACAGUUUCUACUUAUAUGAACUUGUGCCUCCUUUUCAUUACAGCCUGACUAAAAGAACUUGGCCAGAGGAGAGUGAUGACUACAAUGGACAAACCUCACCUGCCUACACACACAAUUACACAUUCACAGUUACACACACACAAUUACACAUUCACAGUUAC